AUGACCAAAGCGUUAGGAGAAGAUAUCACCUCGGCUAGGCGGGAUAUCAACUACGAGCCGGGAGCUAAGAACAUUGUGAUCGCCGGCAACCUCGACGCCGGCAAGUCGUCUCUCAUCAACGCUCUCCGCAACUGCGUCAUCGCCGAUAGCGCCUAUGCGCCAACGGGCGCAUCCGAUACGACCAUGCUCUUUGCCUACGACAUGGUAGUGCUCGCCCACGAGUCGAGCCUGACCGAGCCCGUCAUUGUGGCGCCGACCACAUGCGACAUGCAUAUCCGUAACUACCAGGACGAGCGGGCAAUACACGUUUGGUUGUUGCAGAAGCCACUAUGCGCGAAAUGCGUCCUGUGGUUCUCGGGCAAGAGCUAG